GUUGCUGUGGCGGAUUCUCGAAAACCCGCCUUCGCCCCUCCUCUUCCCUAAGACACUAGCACUCUCUCAGACCUCGCCGGAGACUACGAUGGCGGCGGCGGAAACGCCGGGUUCGUCGGCCUCCCCUUACGAGGAGAGGCUCCUUCAGUCCCUCGGUGGCUGUGGGUGGUGCUUCCGGGACCCCAGCAAUGAGAUCAUCCAGGAGCUACUCCGCGCCUCCCCCUCGCCGUCGCCGGAGGCCGUGGAGGCCGGGCUCCUCGACGUGGACCUGAGGCUCUUCGGCGGCAAGUCCCUCCCGGACCGCGCCGCCGCCGCCGCCGCCACGGGGAGGCGGCCUUCUUACCUCCACGGCCCCAUCGUGAUGCAGGUAGUUUCAGUAAGAGAUAUAUAUAGAAGCAGCAUUAAUGCCUCCUUUAAGAACCCACAGCAACACCGCCUUCUGCGCUUUGGUCUGACUGAUGGGAUUUCUGAAUCAGCAGCCAUAGAGUUUUCCCCAAUCCCGUUCAUUACAGAAGAUAUCGCUCCAGGUACUAAGAUUCGUCUUGAGAACAAGAUUCCAAUACAGAAUGGCAUAUUGUGCUUAAGUGCGAAAAAUGUGACUAUCAUGGGGGGAGUUGUCCAAUCUUUGUAUGAAGAGUGGCAGAUGAACCAGAAAUUCAAAGGGUUAUCUCGUCCAUCCUUGAGGUUGUCUCAAAAUGAUGAUGGAGUCGGACCCCCGCCAUUUGAGAAGUUAGAUAUUGAAGCACAUCCUAGUAGAACAUCCCAGUAUCAAGCUUAUUCUGCAGAUAAUAAGGCUAGGAAACUGGAAGUCAAUCGUGACAACGUUCCAAUUAGUUCCAGUAGCAAACCAGUUAAUGAAGGUUCAAGUGGUGUGAAUAAUGAGACUGCAGCAAGCAGGGUUGAACCGAAACAAUCUAAUUCAGAUGGAAGACCAAAAGAAGUCAGUGAAGCUGUUCCUGUUCAAAACCAAGCUGCUGCACAGAAGCUGCUGCAGAAAAUGUCCCAGGCUGCGCCUGAAGACAGAUAUGGUCGGGGCCAUAGAUUCAAGGGCAAAGCCAGGCAAGAAGAAACUCCAGUGUUUACCCUCGACGAAUGGGAGAAGCGAAAAUCCAUUGGUUUGAAGUCUGCAGCAGAAAGCUACAUCGACGAUACUAGCCGAGACGAGGAGCUGGCGAGGCAGCUCCAGGAGCAACUGGAUCUAGAAGACUCCCAUGGAGUACCAGAGAGUUCAGAUGCAGAUCGUUUGCGGAUGAGCAUGUUCAGCUUCAGUGGUCCUGAAGAAACGGGUGGCGGGAGAGGCAGUUUUCGAGGGCGAGGGCGAGGGCGGGGAAGAGGAAGAGGCCGAGGGCGAGGGCGGGGCAGGGGAAGAUUUUAGCUCAAAUCCAGAGCCCCAUAGCAUUCAGUUGUGCUGGCAGUAACAUUUGUGGUAGGAAAUAGGAUGGUGGCCUUCAAAUCAUGUUCUUAAGUUUCCUCUGGAGCUGGAGUCUGAAUUCAGAAACAACCUUGUAUGUACACUAUCAUAGAAAACUUUAAGUUUUUGUUCACAGAUACAUGGAAUGGAAUUUAGCACAUUGUUAGAAUUUCAGUUCAGAAACAUGAGCAUGGUUAGUGCUAGAUGAAUGUCUACUUUAACUGAAAUUUUACAAUGAUCUCGUAUUCUUUUCAGCUUAUAAACCAA